ACCACCACCACAGCAACAAGAACCCAAGCCCAGCUCCAGCAACGAGAGCAAGAUGCAGCGUCUUCGCACGACCUUCACGCGUUCGCGGACGCCCACCGGCGCCGAAAUGAAAAUGCAGAACAGCCUCGAGGUGCCCAAACAGGUGCGUUCCGCCUCCUUUGACGAGAUGCAACUGGAGGCGCAGCGCACGUCCUCGAACCGACUGAGGCAGCGUGCCUCGUCCUCGGCGGAGGGGCGUGCCUUGGAGGCUGAUCGUCUGCAGGUGCCGGCUGGGCAGGGCCGCUCGCGCAGCUUCGACUCGGCCGUCAUCGAUCCGACGAGCGAGGAUUCGGGGGCAUUCCUGGAUGUGCCGCAGCGCAACAAGAUGCCGCGGCGCAGCAGCUCGUCGAGCCCGAAGACCCCGCCGCCGUGCUUCCAUUGCCAAUUGGUGAAGCAGUACGAGCGCCAGAUAACAGCGGAGCAGCGCUUCUUCAUCGAUCAUCGAGAGCUCACCGCUCUCAGCUUCUACAGCGACGAUGACGAUGACGACGACGAGGAGGAGGGUGCGGUGGGCGGUGAGGGUCUGUGCGAAGACAUGCAUGGUGCCUGCGGCGGACGGCCGCUUCCCGAUGUGAACAACGAGGCGGUGGCUCGGGCGCAAGCCAUUCUUGCAUCCACAUUCGAGAACGACCCGAGCACCGAUUGCGAGGACGAUGCUGUUGAGCUGGACCUGGGACUGAUCCACUUGAGCAUCGAGCAAUCACGGGCUCGUAUUCCGCGGCAGAUGCGCCGCCACACCAUCGACAGUUCGGUGGGCAAUUCCGAGGAUGAGGGCGUCGACGGGUCCGGGCCCAACUCCAACAAUUCCCCGUAUUUCGGCAACACCCUGAUGCCGCCCAGACCCUGCGGCAUCACCUUCACCCUGUCCCCCACCAACGGCGACUGUCCGUUCCUCCCAACCUUCGCUUUCCCCAUUGAUCCCAACUCCCCACCAGGCUCGCCUUCGCCCACCCAGUCACCAUCGCCAUCGCCGUCGCCGUCCCCGUCGCCCACCCCGUCGGUGGUGCUGGCCGUUCCACCCCCCCUGCUGGAGCUACCGUCCUGCUCCACUGGCAGCGGACAACAGCUGCUGGGCUCCACCGCAGCUGUGGCCGCCGCCGCCCUCACUCUACCGGCGAUUGCCUCCUCGCAAGCAGCCGCAGCCAUGGCCACCGGAGCGGUCUGCACCUUGGCGGAUGCAGAUGACGCUGCUGCCGCUUUGGGGGCCAUGGGCCUGCCGGUUCGACCCAGACGCCGGUCCAUCUCGCGGCAGGAGGCCAUCUUUGUGGAGCCGACCGGCAGUUCGCUCGAGAAUGUCUCGAUGUCGAUCGAGAAGGCCGACUCCAUUGAUGCCGCCUCCACCAGGGCCAACUGCGGCUCGCCCACGGGCAUGUUCGCCGUGGCCCAUCGCACCGGAUUUGUGGUGCAGGACAUAUACUUGACCGUACCGGAUCUCCGACGGGAUCGUGCCGCCUCCGUGGACUCGUGCUUCUCGAAGCUCUCAUCAGGCAACAAAACCGAGGAGCUCCAGCCCACCGUGGAUGGCUGCUACCUGACCGUACCGGUGAUCAACACCACUCGGUCCCGGUCCGUGGACAUAGUCCUGCCCACCGACGAGCAGGCGCGCUACAAGGCCCUGGCCAUGACUGGCAACGAGCCAGGCACCUACGGGCGUACCGCUACAGGCAGCAAUGCCCGUCGGCCCAUACGCAUUGUGCCCGAUUGGACAGAGAAUGCAAUUAAUGGCGAGCACUACUGGAAGACCUCGUCGGCCUCCGGCGAUCUCUGUUGCCUCAACGAGGAGUGCAUUAAGAGCGGCCAGCGUUUGAAGUGCUCCGCCUGCCAGCUGGUGGCCCACAUCAAUUGCAUUCCGUAUGUGAACGAGAAGCCGACGCUGCUGUGCAAGCCCACCUAUCGGGAUGUGGGGAUCAGGCAGUACCGGGAGCAGACGACCACCCACCACCACUGGGUGCACCGCAAGAUGGAGAAGGGGAAGUGCAAGCAGUGUGGCAAGAAUAUUAUGUUUGAAUCCAUACCGCAGGCCGUUCAGAGCAAGCUAUUUGGCUCCAAAGAAAUUGUAGCUUUGUCCUGUGCCUGGUGUCAUGAGAUCUAUCACAACAAGGACACGUGCUUCAAUCAGGAGAAAAUCGGCGAAGAGUGUCGUCUCGGCAACUAUGCACCGAUUAUUGUGCCGCCAUCGUGGAUUGUCAAGCUGCCGAACAAGGGCAACUUCAAGUCCUCCAUUCGGGUGAGCAACAAGAACGCUGCCACCGGCUCCUCCGCUGCUGGAGCCGGCGGUGGCACUGCAGCUGGGGCACCUGGCGGACCCGGCGGACCCGGCGGUCCCGGUGGCAAAGGCAAGAAGCAGACCCAGCGCCGGCAGAAGGGCAAGGACGAGAAGAAGGGAGAACCGCGCGCAUUCAUCGUGAAGCCCAUUCCAUCGCCGGAGGUAAUACCGGUCAUUGUCUUUAUUAAUCCCAAGUCCGGUGGCAAUCAGGGCGUCAAGCUACUCGGCAAGUUCCAGCAUCUCCUGAACCCACGCCAGGUCUUUGAUCUAACACAGGGAGGUCCCAAAAUGGGUCUGGACAUGUUCCGCAAGGCGCCAAAUCUUCGGGUUUUGGCCUGCGGCGGCGAUGGCACCGUCGGCUGGGUGCUCUCCGUCCUCGAUCAGAUCCAUCCACCAUUGUCGCCGUGCCCGGCCGUCGGUGUGCUGCCGUUGGGGACGGGCAACGAUCUCGCUCGCGCUCUCGGAUGGGGCGGGUACUUCUCCUGUCAGGGCUACACGGACGAACCGGUGGGCAAGAUCCUACGCGAGAUCGGCAUGUCGCAGUGCGUCCUCAUGGACCGCUGGCGGGUCAAGGUCACGCCCAACGACGAUGUCUGCGAUGACCACAUGGACCGCAGCAAGGCGAACGUGCCCCUGAACGUGAUCAACAACUACUUCUCGUUCGGGGUGGAUGCCCACAUCGCACUGGAGUUCCACGAAGCGCGGGAGGCCCAUCCAGAGCGCUUCAAUUCGCGGCUGCGCAACAAGAUGUACUACGGCCAGAUGGGGGGCAAGGAUCUGAUCCUGCGCCAGUACCGCAACCUCUCCCAGUGGGUGACGCUGGAGUGCGAUGGGAAUGACUUCACCAGCAAGCUGCGGGACGCCGGCUGCCAUGCCGUCCUCUUCCUGAACAUACCCAGCUAUGGCGGCGGCACCCACCCGUGGAACGACUCGUUCGGGGCGACGAAGCCCACCAUUGACGACGGCCUGAUGGAGGUGGUGGGGCUGACCACCUACCAGUUGCCGAUGCUGCAGGCGGGCAUGCACGGCACCUGCAUCUGCCAGUGCCGGAAGGCGCGCAUCAUAACGAAGCGCACCAUACCGAUGCAGGUGGAUGGUGAGGCGUGUCGCGUGAAGCCGUCGAUCAUUGAGAUCGAGCUGUUGAAUAAGGCGUUGAUGCUGACCAAGUGCAAGAAUGGACGUGGCGAUGUCCAAGUAAAUCCCCUGGAGAAGCUUCAAUUGAAUAUCCUGCGCAUUACGAUGCAGCAGUAUGAGCAAUACCACUACCAAAGGGAGAUGCUCAGUAAGCUGGCGAACAAGCUCGGCCAGAUCGAGAUCGACUCACAAUGCGAUCUGGAUCAUGUCCGCAAUAUGCUCAACGCCAAGUUCGAAGAGUCCAUCACCUACCCGAAGGUAUCGCAGGACUGGUGUUUCGUAGACGCCUGCACUGCAGAGCACUACUUCCGCAUCGACAGGGCGCAGGAACAUUUACACUACAUCUGUGACAUCGCCAUUGACGAUUUACUCAUUCUGGAUCACGAACUCGCCACCAUGCCCCAAACACCCGACCAAGAACGCUCCUUUGCCGCAUUCUCGCAGCGUCAGGCCCAGACAGAGCGCCGACAGAUGGACCAGGCCCAGGGCCAUGCACCAGGCAGCACCGGUAGGCUUCUUCUGUUAUCUGCCUGCUGGCCACCAAAACAACAGCAUCAGCCACAGCCACAGCAAGGGCAACAGGUGGCACAACCAGCGGUUGCCACCAGUGUUGAUGAGCUACCGCUGCAAGAGCGGCUGGAGCUCUACCAGCGUGAGGUGGCCGCUCAGCUGCCGUUCAUUGAUAGACGCAUGUUCUGCCACCUCCACUUUCGCAAGAAGCGGUUCCAGCUUUGAGCAUUCGGAGAGGGGAUGGCUGUCUCUUCCUUUCCCGACACUCCACCCUGGCUCCCUGUUCUCUUCUGUUUCAUUUAUCUUCAAUCGUCAUCUGUUAUCGCGAACGUUGUGCUGUUGCACGUUUAGCCACUAACAAAAAGAACAGACACUCACAUAGCACAUAGUACAAAAAACAUACAAACACCCACUCGUAACACCUCCCGAUAUGUCAGUGUCUUAAGGAACCGAAUACAGCUUAGUCCUUGCCACAAUAGCAUGUAAGUAGAGCAUUAAAUACGAACCAAUCUUUCUCUCUCGAUUACUUACGAUAUGGUAUAUAAUCUCGGCUUACAUUAACAGUUAACCGUAGCAAGGACCAAACCGUAUUCCGGUCUCCACACCACCUCCGGUAUACCUUCGAACAAGAUAUCCCCAAUAUCCAUACACACUAGAAACCACACACAAUGAAACCCCCAGGGUAGGUUAUGGCUCCUCUCUGGUAGUGGAUACACCGAUAUCCGUUUGAUCUCUAUGUAUCUGUCUAUAUAUCGUACUUGUCGAUACCGAUAUAUGUACGUUCGAUCAGUCUGUUGUUCGACUAAUCGAUUAUCUGUUUGAACUAGCUAUCGUUGAAAUCUAUCUACUUAUCUUGAA